AUGAUUUUUGUAAUUUUGUUGAGUAUCUUUUUAAUUGGAGUUAAUUUUUCAAAUGGAUGGUCGCCAACCAAUUCAUUUGCACCAGGAAAAGUGAGUUGCCCUUCAGAGAAGAGAUCAUUUUUGAGAAGCAGUUCAUAUUUAAAUACUGAGGAGAUGAGAUGGGUGGAAGAGAGGAAUAAAAUAACCAACGCGAAUUUGAAAAAGUUUCUUAAAUAUUCAACUAGUUUAGAAAAAGCAGGUGGUAAUUUUAGCGUUGAUGAUUUUUUUGCAAAUUAUGUUGAGGGCCAAAGAGCGAUUAAAAUUGGAUUGGCGUUUUCUGGUGGAGGAUACAGAGCAAUGUUGAAUGGAGCAGGGCAAUUAUCAGCGUUUGAUAAUAGAACAACAAAGGCAUUUGAGAAGGGAUUGGGUGGGUUAUUAGAGUCGACAACGUAUAUAUCUGGGUUAUCGGGAGGUAGCUGGUUGGUUGGGACGUUGAUUUUGAAUAACUGGACGAGUGUUGAGGAGAUACUUUUGAAAAGGGAGUAUUCGGAUAUCUGGGAUUUGAAAGAAUCAAUUUUGUUUCCUGAAGGAAUUAAUAUAUUUGAGACAAUUAGAAACCACAAGACAGUGUUGGAGGAGGUUGAGGAUAAGAGAGACGCUGGAUACGAGAUUUCGAUAACUGAUUUGUGGUCUCGAGCAUUAGCAAAGGAUUAUUUGGGGCGAUAUGAAGAUUAUGGGGAUGCGUUGACGUUUUCAGAUGUGAGAGAGUUUGAUGUGUUCAAGCAACAAGCAAUUCCAUUUCCUAUUAUUGUGGCAGUGGGAAGAGCCCCUGGGACGACGAUCAUCGAUGUGAAUUCGACAGUUGUUGAGAUGAACCCAUUUGAAAUUGGAUCGUGGGACAAUGCAAUCAGAUCCUUCUUCGACAUCAAGUAUCUUGGAACCAAGGUGAGCAAUGGGGUAGCAGAAGACAGUAAGAAGUGCAUCAGCGGAUUUGACAAUGCCAGUUUUUUGGUGGGAACGUCGUCGUCGUUGUUCAAUGGAAUCGUUAUGAAGUUGAAGGACAUGAACUUGGGGGACAUUCCCAUUAUUGGGGUGAUUGAGGAUAUUUUGGACAAGAUCAGCGAAGACGAGAACGACAUUGGGGUGUACAAGCCCAAUCCCUUUUACCAGAAUGAGUUUGGCAGCAGCAGCUCGAUAUCGAAUAGCGACACUCUUUACUUGGUGGAUGGAGGAAUGGACGACCAGAACAUCCCAUUGGCACCAUUGAUCCAGCAGCAGCGAGACGUUGAUCUUGUGGUUGCCUUUGAUAACAGUGCAGACACAGACAACAACUGGCCAGAUGGCUCGUCGUUGGUGCACACCCACCAGCGACAGUUUGGAGUACAGAACAACAGCAGCUUUCCCCAGGUUCCUCUGAGUCCAGAGGAGUUCGUCCAGCAAGGCUUGAAUGUGAGACCAGCAUUCUUUGGUUGCGACACAGAGGAGGGGCCCUUGGUGGUGUACAUCCCCAACAGACAGCUCUCGUAUGCCUCCAAUCCCUCGACGUACAAGCUCAAGUACAGCAGCAAGGAAAGAGCCUCCAUGGUCAGCAAUGGCUUCGACGUUGCUUCCAGAGCCCAGCACCAGCUCGACAACGAGUGGGCCACUUGUCUAGGAUGUGCUGCCAUGAGAAGAACAGAGCUUCGCAACAGCUUGGAGCAGCCUGGGGUCUGCCAGCAGUGUUUCGAGCGAUAUUGCUGGAGAAGGUAG